AUGUCUCCCCAACUGUGUGAUUUCCAUCUGCCUUUAACCCCAGAGGAAUUGUUGAAAAGUGGAGGGGUGAAUCAAUAUGUUGUGCAAGAGGUACUGUCCAUCAGAAAUCUUCCAUCACAGCUUAAAGCUUUUCAGACUGCCUUCCGAGCUCAGGGACCCCUGGCUAUGCUGGAGCACUUUGAUACUGUAUACAGCAUUCUACAUCACUUUCGAAGUAUAGAUCCUGGCCUCAAGGAAGAUGUCCUGGAAUUCCUGAUAAAAGUGGUAUCCCGCCAUGCUCAGGAACUUCCAGCUAUCCUCGAUGAUGCAGCUUUGAGUGUAUCAGAUAGAAGUGCCCACCUAAAUGCCCUCAAAAUGAACUGCUAUGCUCUGGUACGCCUCUUGGAAUCCUUUGAGACUAUGACCACCCAGACAAAUCUCGUGGACCUGGACCUUGGGAAGGGCAAGAAAGCCAGGGCCAAGUCAGCCCAUGGCUUUGACUGGGAAGAGGAGAGGCAACCAAUUCUUCAGCUUUUAACACAGCUCCUCCAGUUGGACAUUCGUCACCUAUGGAACCACUCAAUAAUUGAAGAGGAAUUUGUGAGUUUGGUUACUGGUUGCUGUUACCGCCUUCUGGAGAACCCCACCAUUGGUCACCAGAAGAACCGCUCUACCCGGGAAGCUAUAACACGCCUGCUUGGUGUAGCCUUGACACAUUACAACCAUAUGCUCAGUGCCACAGUGAAAAUCAUCCAGAUGCUGCAGCACUUUGAACACCUGCCACCUGUACUGGUGGCGGCUGUGAGUCUAUGGGCAACUGACUAUGGAAUGAAGAGCAUAGUGGGAGAGAUUGUAAGAGAGAUUGGACAGAAGUGUCCCCAGGAGCUGAGUCGGGACCCUAUAGGAGCAAAGGGCUUUGCAGCCUUCUUGACAGAACUAGCAGAACGUAUCCCAGCCAUCCUGAUGUCCAGCAUGUGCAUUUUGCUAGAUCAUCUGGAUGGAGAGAAUUACAUGAUGCGCAAUGCUGUGCUCGCAGCCAUGGCAGAGAUGAUACUGCAGGUUCUGAAUGGUGAUCAGCUGGAAGAAGCAGCCCGAGACACCAGAGACCAGUUCUUGGACACCCUGCAAGCCCAUGGCCAUGAUGUCAAUUCCUUUGUACGAAGCCGUGUUUUGCAACUCUUCACCCGAAUUGUCCAGCAGAAGGCUCUCCCCCUGACACGCUUCCAGGCAGUGGUGGCCUUGGCAGUGGGCCGUCUGGCAGACAAGUCGGUGCUAGUGUGUAAAAACGCUAUCCAGCUGCUGGCCAGUUUUCUCACCAACAAUCCCUUUUCCUGCAAGCUUAGUGAUUCUGAUCUUGCUGGACCGCUGCAGAAGGAAACCCAGAAAUUACAAGAGAUGAGGGCCCAGCGGCAAACUGCAGUUGCUUUACUGGACCCAGAGGAGGAGUGGGAAGCCAUGCUGCCAGAGUUGAAGUCUACUUUACAACAGCUGCUCACACUUCCCCAGGAAGAAGAGGAGAUUCCUGAAAAAAUUACUACAGAGACCAUAGAAGAGGUGAAAGGACGCAUCCAUCAGUUACUUGCCAAAGCUAGUUACAAGCAGGCCAUCAUUCUCACUCGAGAAGCCCUGGGCCACUUCCAGGAGUCUGAACCCUUCAGUCAUAUGGAUCCAGAGGAGUCGGAGGAGAACAGACUUCUUAAUCUCUUAGGAACUAUUUUUAAAGGUGCAUCAGCUUCCACACAGGAGAAGAGUCCCCCGACAUCUGCAGAGAACGUGGGCUCAGGACAGACUGACAGUAAAGACAAUCCCAGUGUGUCAGAGCCUGAGAAAUCCAAGGGCAAGGAUGAACUGGUGAAGCAAGAGAUGCUAGUGCAGUAUCUGCAAGAUGCUUAUAACUUCUCUCUGAAGAUUACAGAGUCCAUUGGCAUCAUCAGCAAGAUGAUGUAUGAAAACACAACCACAGUGGUACAGGAGGUGAUUGAGUUCUUUGUGAUGGCAUUCCAGUUUGGAGUACCUCAAGCCCUGUUUGGGGUACGCCGCAUGCUGCCUCUCAUCUGGUCUAAGGAGCCUGGUAUCCGGGAAGCUGUGCUUAAUGCCUACCGCCAACUUUACCUCAACCCCAAAGGGGACUCUGCCAGAGCCAAGGCCCAUGUUUUGAUUCAGAAUCUCUCUUUGCUGCUAGUGGAUGCCUCAGUUGGGACAAUUCAAUGUCUUGAGGAAAUUCUCUGUGAGUUUGUGCAGAAGGAUGAAUUGAAACCAGCAGUGACCCAGCUGCUGUGGGAGCGGGCAACUGAGAAGGUCCCCUGCUCCCCUCUGGAGCGCUGUUCCUCAGUCAUGCUUCUUGGAAUGAUGGCACGAGGAAAACCAGAAAUUGUGGGUAGCAACUUAGACACACUGGUGAGCCUAGGGCUGGAAGAGAAGUUUCCACAGGACUACAGGCUGGCCCAACAGGUGUGCCUUGCCAUUGCCAACAUCUCUGACAGGAGAAAGCCUUCCCUGGGCAAACGACACCCUCCCUUCCGGCUGCCGCAGGAACAUAGGUUAUUUGAACGACUACAGGAGUUGGUCACAAAAGGCUUUGUGCACCCAGACCCACUCUGGAUCCCCUUCAAAGAGGUGGCUGUGACUCUCAUUUACCAGCUGGCAGAGGGCCCCGAGGUGCUCUGUGCCCAGAUACUGCAGAGAUGUGCGAAGCAGGCCCUGGAGAAGCUCGUGGAGAAGAGCACCCUCCAGGAUGAUCCGAAGGAGACCCCCAUGCUCCCCACUUUCCUGCUGAUGAACCUGCUAUCCCUGGCCGGGGAUGUGGCUCUGCAGCAACUGGUACAUUUGGAACAGGCCGUCAGUGGAGAGCUUUGUCGUCGCCGAGUUCUUCGGGAAGAACAAGAAAAUAAAACCAAAGAGCCGAAAGAGAAGAAUACAAGCACUGAGACCACCAUGGAGGAAGAGAUGGGACUGGUUGGGGCCACUGCUGAUGACACAGAGGCAGAACUAAUCCGCAAUAUCUGUGAGAUGGAACUGUUAGGCGGCGAACAGAUGUUGGCUGCCUUUGUUCCACUUCUGCUUAAAGUCUGCAACAACCCUGGCCUCUAUAGCAAUCCAGAGCUCUGUGCAGCUGCGUCGCUUGCCCUUGGCAAGUUCUGCAUGAUCAGUGCCACUUUCUGUGACUCCCAGCUUCGUCUUCUGUUCACCAUGCUAGAAAAGUCCUCGCUCCCCAUUCUCCGGUCUAACAUCAUGAUUGCUACUGGAGAUCUGGCCAUCCGCUUCCCCAACCUGGUGGACCCCUGGACACCUCAUCUGUAUGCUCGACUCCGGGACCCAGCUCAGCAAGUGCGGAAAACAGCAGGGCUGGUGAUGACCCACCUGAUCCUCAAGGACAUGGUGAAGGUGAAAGGACAGGUUAGCGAGAUGGCUGUGCUGCUCAUUGACCCUGUGCCUCAGAUCGCUGCCCUGGCCAAGAACUUCUUCAAUGAGCUUUCCCACAAGGGCAAUGCAAUCUAUAACCUGCUUCCAGAUAUCAUCAGCCGCCUGUCAGACCCUGAGGGAGGGGUGAAGGAAGAGGCUUUUCACACCAUCAUGAAGCAGCUGCUCUCCUACAUCACCAAGGACAAGCAGACCGAGAGCCUGGUGGAGAAGCUGUGUCAGCGGUUCCGCACGGCCCGAACCGAGCGGCAGUACCGGGACCUGGCCUACUGCGUGUCACAGCUGCCCCUCACAGAGCGAGGCCUCCGCAAGAUGCUGGACAAUUUUGAAUGCUUCGGAGAUAAACUGUCAGAUGAGUCCGUCUUCAGUGCUUUUUUGUCAGUUGUGGGCAAGUUGCGGCGAGGAGCCAAGCCCGAGGGCAAGGCUGUAAUAGAUGAGUUUGAGCAGAAGCUUCGGGCUUGUCACACACGAGGGUUGGAUGCGAUAGAGGAACUCGAGAUUGGCCAAGGCGAUAGCCUGAAAACCCCAGCAGCCAAGAAACAGUCUGUCUCUAGGCACCAGCAUCUGGCUUCUGCAGCCUCAGACAACGACUUUGUCACCCCGGAGCCCCGCCGCACUGCCCGGCGGCAGCCAAACGCCCAGCAGCGAACUAGGAAGAAGAAACUCAAAAUCGUCUUCUCGAGUGAUGAGUCCAGCGAGGAAGAGCUUUCAGCAGAGAUGACGGAGGAUGAGACACCGAAGAAAACUACCCCCAUCCGCCGAGCAUCUACUCGAAAGCACAGGUCCUAG